AUGGGGCCUUGUCGGCUGCAGCUGCCCCUAAGGCUGCUCCUGCUGGGGGCGGCCGCCCUGGCUGCGUCUGCUCUGGAGACAGCGGACCUGGUAGAGCUGUGCGGGCGGACCUGGCAGGGGGCCGCGCUGCGCCUGCGCUCCCACCCCGCCUCGCGCAGGGUCUACUUCGUGGCUCCCGACACCGACUGCGGGCUCUGGCUGCAGGCAGCAGCCCCGGGCGACAGGAUCCGCUUCCAGUUCCACUUCUUCCUGGUCUACAGCCUGACCUCGGGGCGCCCGGGGCCCAGCGCCUCCGCCCCCACGCCCGCAGACCCCUGCACGCCCGGCUCCUACCUGCAGUUCUACGAGGGCCCACCGGAGGCGCCCCGGCCCCUGGGAGCCCCUCUCUGCGGCCUGAUCAUCCCCGCCCCGGUGGCAUCCUCAGGACCCUCCCUAGGCCUGCGCCUGGUCACCAGAGGCCGCCAGCCCCGCGUGGACUUCGUGGGCGAAGUCACCUCUUUCCGGCUGGCACCCUGCGGAGACUACUUCCGCUGUCAGAAUGGCAGGUGCGUCCCACCGGGCCUGGUGUGUGACCACUGGGGCAUGGACAACUGUGGCGAUGGCAGUGACCAGGGCUCCUGGCCACCAGCCAACUGCAGAGGUCCCUCUCCGGCACCCAGAUGGACCAGGAACACAAAUGACACCUCCGAGCCCCCGACGCGGUCCCCAGCUCUCAGGUCUGCAGAACCCCUCCCCAUCACAGCCGAGAGGAGCCCCCCAGGAGGCGGGCACCCUGCCCAGCAGGAUGCAGCUUUGGAAGGCCCCUGGUUCCAGGGGAUGGCGCAGGCCUCCACAUUGCUGCUGGCCUCUGCAGGCCUCCUCGUGGGCCUCCUCUGGUGCUGCUGCUCCCUGGGCUGGCUGACCUGGAAACCUGGUACCCACGGCCUCCGCCUGCGGUGCAGUGCACCCUGGAACAUCUGCUACACCUGUCCUGGCCGGGUCGCCCCCGGGGGGCUGCGGCAGAGAGGGCUGGCCUUCCAGGAUCAGGAGGCCAUCCCUAGAGAGGCCGUGGGGAUCCCUGGAGGAGAGUGGGCUCUGGGGUCAGACACACUCUGA